GAGCGAUUUCACAGGUAAACAGUGGACUUGUCGCAGUUGCUGUAGGAUUCUAAGUCCAGGUUAUCAUUUUAAAUGAAGCAUCAACAAUAAUUGAAAACAUUCAUAUGAUAUUUUUAGUUCAAUUAUGGAUCAAAAUCAAUGUUUGAAUAAGACAACAGGGACCCAAUCUUCCAAGAAGAAAAAGCCUAGAUGCUGCGAUGGAUUCAAGAUGUUCUUGGCAGCCCUGACAUUUGCAAAUAUUUCUAAGUCAAUUGGUGGAGUCAUUAUGAAAAGUUCCAUCAUUCACAUAGAAAGGAGAUUUGAAAUAUCCUCUGCUCUUUCCGGUGUAAUUGAUGGAGGUUUUGAAAUUGGAAAUUUGCUUCUGAUUGUAUUUGUAAGUUACUUUGGGUCCAAACUACACAGGCCCAAGGUAAUUGGAACUGGUUGUCUUGUGAUGGGACUUGGAUGCAUUCUGACUGCUUUACCACAUUUCUUCAUGGGAUAUUACAGGUAUUCUAAAGAAACCAAUGUUAAUCCGUCAGAGAAUUCAACAUCAAGCUUUUCAACCUGUCUAACUAGUCAGACUUUACCUUUCAAUACAUCAUCUGAGAUAUUAGUGAAAGGUUGUGAAAAGGACUCUGGAUCAUACAUGUGGAUAUAUGUACUAAUGGGUAAUAUGUUACGUGGCAUAGGAGAAACCCCCAUAAUGCCACUGGGGAUGGCUUAUAUUGAUGAUUUUGCUAAAGAUGGACACUCCUCUUUUUAUGCAGGUAUUUUGGGUGCAGUAUCAAUGAUUGGUAUCAUCUUUGCCUUUGUACUGGGAUCUCUGUCCGCCAGGCUGUAUGUGGAUGUCGGAUAUGUAGAUCUAAGCAGUAUCACAAUAACUCCUAAGGACUCUCGUUGGGUUGGCGCUUGGUGGCUUGGUUUACUUGUGUCUGGACUAUUAUGCAUUAUUUCUUCUGUACCAUUUUUUUUCCUGCCCAAAAGUCUGAAUACAUCACAGGAAAAAAGGAAAGUUUCAAUAUCUUUGCAUGUGCUCAAAACAAAUGGCGAAAGUAAUCAAACAGAAAACUUGACUAACGAUGGACAAAAUGUUACCAAAAGUGACACUGGUUUUUUCCAGUCCUUGAAAACUAUCCUUAUCAAUCCUUUGUAUAUUAUGGUCAUGCUAUUGACAUUGAUACAAUUCAGUGGCUUUAUUGGAUUUUUCUCAUAUGCCAUAAAAUACAUAGAGCAGCAACAUGGUUUCUCAGCAUCUGAGGCUAACUUUGCACUGGGACUCAUAAACAUACCUUCUGUUGCAGUUGGAAUGUUUACAGGAGGAUAUAUUAUUAAAAAAUUCAGAUUGACUAUGGUGGAAAUUGCCAAGUUUAUGCUUUUUACCUCUUUUAUCUCCUUAUUAUUUCAACCAAUAUAUUUUUUUCUAAUCUGUGAAACCAAACCAGUUGCCGGCCUAACCUUGAACUAUGAUGGAAAUAAUACAGUGGGAUCUCAUGUAGGUGUGCCACUUUCUUAUUGCAACUCAGACUGUAACUGUGAUGAAAACCAAUGGGAACCAGUCUGUGGUAACAAUGGAAUAACUUACAUGUCACCUUGUCUAGCAGGAUGCAAAUCUUCAAGUGGCAAUAAAAAGCCCAUAGUGUUUUAUAACUGUAGUUGUGUGGAGGUAACCGGUUUCCAGAACAGAAAUGACUCGGUUCAUUUGGGUGAAUGCCCACGAGAGGAUCAUUGUAAAAGUAAAUAUUACAUACUUUUAGUAGUACAAGCUGUGAAUUAUUUCUGCUCUUCACUAGUACACACUGCUUACUUCCUACUAAUUGUUAGAACUGUUCAACCUGAAUUGAAAUCACUUGCACUGGGUUUUCAAACACUGGUUAUACGAUCAAUAGGAGGACUUCUAACUCCAAUAUAUUUUGGGGCUAUGAUUGAUACAACAUGUAUAAAGUGGUCCAUCAACAACUGUGGAAAACGAGGGUCUUGUAGAAUGUACGACUCCCUGUUACUUGGUAAGACCGUCUGGGGCUUAUCUUCAGCCUUUAGAUUUCCACCAAUUUUUUUACUUAUUGCAACAAUUUUUCUCAUGAGGAGAAAAUACGAAGGAAAUGAUACUAAAGCAUUGGAAAAUGGAAGAAAAGUCAUGGAUGAAGCAAAUUUAGAGACCUAAGUAAUAAUGAAUAUCUUGUACCCUCUACUGGAACAGUGAAACAUGUAUUUAAGGGGAGAGGAAGAAAAAAAAAGAAAGCUUCUAUUGAUGUAUUUCCAACCAACAUUAUAUUGAUCUAGUAAUAUGUUAUUUGGGGUAUUUCCUGAUCCUUUUAUUGAGAAGUCUCACGUUCUUUACUUAUGAUGGCACAAUAAAUAAGCCUGUAAGUUUAUAAUGAAAUAAGCUAAAAAUAAGAAAUAGGUUUAUUCGUUUUUAAGGUAGAGCUAUGCAUUUGUGGUUAAGAUUAGCAUAUGCAGUUCAGACAAAUUCAAAGUGAAUGGCAUGGUUAGCGUGUACUAGAAAAAUAAGUAUUUGCUUGGGUAAUUGUAACUCUUAAUAAAAUGGGGUAAAAUUCCACAUCAA